AUGGCGGAGGGCAAUGGCCGUUCGCGCGAGAGCCAGCGCAGCCACGACCCUUUUGGCGUGCCUCGUCGAACAACCAGCGCGAACCCCUCGAGCACGCGCGAACCAUCGCUGAACUUUGACGGAUUCGCCGAUGACUUGAUUCCCAAUGGCCAGACGGGAUCAGGGUAUAGCCCCUCGGUCGCCUCUCGGAGCAUGCGCUCGAGAACCUCGGCGGGCUCCCUGGCCGGGUCGUCUGCCGAGACAUGGGACACCAAUGCCACAUCAUACCUGCCAGCUCUGCAGGUCAAGGGCGCAGGCGAGGAGGACAACCUGCAUCCGCUCGAGGAGGAAGAGUACGACCCGCGCAGCUUUGACAUUGUGGCGCCGCUAGAGCAGGGCCAGGGCCCAAAGGCAUACUCGCUGGAGGACCGCUCAGACCUGCUCUUCUCCAAGGAGCACAUGAGGAGUAUACUGGAGGACCCGCGACUGCUCGGCGACUUUUCGCGAUUCCUGGCCCGCUCCCGCCCUGGGUCGGUAGCGCUCCUCAAGUACUACCUGAGCACCGAAAAGGCGGUGCGCGCCAUUCGAUACGCCAACUCCGUCAUUGCGAAUCUGGGCACGUUGGAUGGUCACGAUUUUGCGGAGGGAGACGGUGGCAACAUGGACACGGUCAACCGCACCCUCCAAGAGAAGCAUGAUGCUGCGUUUGAGACGCUGGCCAUCGACGAACUGCCCAGAUUCAUUACCCAUGUCUGGGUCGACAUUGUAAGCCUCUCCAUGCGAAGAAAGAUUAUGGGUUCGAUGCCGACGGAUCUUCGCGACGCGUCCGAGGGUCUGGCUGAGGUCUUUUGCCUCAGCGACCCGUCGAGACACGACAACCCGAUCAUCCUGGCCUCCGACGAGUUCCACCGCACGACGCAGUAUGGCAUGGACUAUGCCAUUGGGCGCAACUGUCGCUUCCUGCAGGGACCGCGGACGAACCCCUUUAGUGUGCAGCGGAUCAGGGAACGCAUAAAGGCCGGGCAGGAGCACAUUGAAACAUUCCUAAACUACCGCCGGGAUGGGUCACCCUUCAUGAACCUCCUGCUCUGCGCGCCACUGUUCGACUCCAAGGGCCAAGUGCGCUACUUCCUGGGUGCCCAGGUCGACGUCUCCGGCCUGGUCAAGGAUUGCACCAAGAUGGAUGGCCUACGGCGUAUCGUGGAGGAUGAACAGCAGGGCGUUGACAGGAAAGACCAGGCACCCAAGUCCUCCUUGGAAUGCUGCCAGGCGCUGGGCGAGAUGUUGGACACGAGCGAGUUGGAGGUGGUGCGUCGUCACGGCGGAGCGAUACACCAGAUGCGCGACCACGACGCGCAGGGACAGCAGGAUGCGAACUGGAACACGCCCUACCUCGUCAUCGAGGACGACCUCACGCCUCAUUCGUCACCGCAGGCGACGCCCGUCGUGCCCGACAUGUCCCAGCCCGGGACAACACCGAAGCCGGCUUCUAGUCCUUCCAACGGACGCUUGGCAGGCGUAUACGAACACUACCUACUGGUCCGACCGUCGUCCAACCUGCAGAUCCUCUUCGCCUCUCCCAGUCUGCGCGUACCGGGCAUGCUCCAGAGCCCCCUGCUGUCACGCGUGGGCGGCUCCGGCCGUGUGCGCGACCAGAUCGGCCAGGCACUCAGUGAGGGACAGGGUGUGACGGCGAGGGUGCGCUGGAUCACGUCGACGCGUCGAAAGUCGUCGCCCGAGGCGGAGCAGCGUGGACGCUUCCGGUGGCUGCACUGCACGCCGCUGCGCGGGGUGAACGGGACCAUUGGCAUCUGGAUGGUGGUGGUGCUGGACGACGAGAGUGCCAAUAAGGGGUCGUCGAGAGAUGGGUCGAGCGGCGCGCAUUCGUACGAACAGCGGUCUGGACGACAGGGCAAGGUCGCACCGCCGAUUGACGCUCACGGGGACCGCAGAGCAGCGGCUUCGGUGCAUGCGGACAGUGUAUACCAGGGACAGCAACAACAGCAUCAGAGUCAGCAUCAGAGUCAGCAUCAGAGUCAGCAGCAGCAGCAGCAGCAGCAGCAACAACAACAACAGCAGCAACACUGGGCUUGA